AUGCCAGCAAUUAUAGCGACCGGCUAUAGCCAAUUGAUGCAGGCAUGGUCCCAACAUCCGCCGUCGAAAAAGCGCGAAAGCGAUACCAAUACACAUGGCAACGAGCAACAAGCUGUCAAUAUCUUGCUGGGUGUUAUCCUCGGAGUUGCGGUAUUCUUCGUUCUGACUAUGAUGUUCGUUUUCUAUUGCAAUAGACGAAGUCGCAGAACUUCUGAAGAUUCCGAUGGCAAAAUAUCAUUGAAUCGCUUGCGAAAGUUAGAGGCGGUCGCGCCGACGCGCAACUUAGAGGAAUGGUGGCCCACUGUGAAACAGUCACUUGGUCUCUCCCAAGGCGUGGACAAUCAUUUUAUUUGUGUGGUUUGUUUCGAUCCAGUCGAGCGCACGCAAGAAAUCCACGAACUCAAGUGUCUUCAUGUAUUCCACAAAGAAUGCUUGGAGAAAUGGUAUCUUCGUAGCCAUUACACGUGCCCAAUGUGCCAUCAAGUCUUUUUCAAAGAGCGAGAGCGUCACAUCUCUUCUCCAAAUCUGAACUUUGUGAUAUUCGCAUGA